AUGUCUUCAGAACUCAUCCAGCAAAUCCAGGCGGAACUCGAGGCCGCCACGACUCGAUACAUUGAUCGUAAUCCUCGAUCCAGGGCUCUUCACGACGAGGCUCUCAAAUCAAUGCCUGGCGGAAACACGAGGACUGUUCUGCACGCCAGUCCAUUCCCCGUUGUGAUCAAGUCGGGCCAAGGCCAUCAAAUUACUUCUGAGGAUGGACAUGCUUAUACAGAUUUCACCGGCGAGUUCACAGCUGCUCUCUAUGGGCAUUCCAACCCCGUAAUUAUCUCGGCUAUUCGAGAUGUACUUGACAAUGUAGGCAUGAAUGUUGGUGGCAAUACAGCUCAGGAGCAGAUAUUCGCUCGCGAAGUCUGCAGUCGCUUCAAUCUGCAACAUGUACGCUUCUGCAACUCCGGUACUGAAGCCAACAUCCACGCUCUAGCAGCUGCCAGGGCUUUCACCAAUAAAAGAAAAGUCGUCACUUUCAGUGGGGGCUAUCAUGGUGCUGUAAUAGGAUUCAAGGGAGUAAACCCAGAGGCCAACAAUGUCGACCUGGAUGAUUGGGUCGUGGCCAGGUACAACGAUCUUGACAGCGCUCGUGCUGCUAUCGAGAGUGAGGGUGUUGCUGCUGUGUUGGUGGAAGGAAUGCAAGGCUCUGGAGGUGGCAUUCCAGGACACCCUGAAUUUCUUCAGGGCAUACAAGAGAUUGCUAGAAAUGUUCAGGCCGGCGCCUUAUUCAUCAUCGACGAAGUCAUGACCUCCCGUCUCUCAGGAGGGGGUAUCUCCGAGAUGAGGGGACUCAAACCAGACCUCAAGACGUUUGGAAAGUAUCUUGGUGGAGGCCUGGCUUUUGGUGCUUUCGGCGGUAGAGCAGACAUCAUGGCUGCUUUUGAUCCACGACUCCCCACUGCUCUCUCGCAUUCAGGCACUUUUAACAACAACACUCUGGUGACGCACGCUGGCUACGCCGGCCUAACAAAGGUCUACACGCCUGAAGUUGCAGCCCAAUUCACAAGAUCUGGAGAUGAGCUCAGGGACCGACUCAAUGCUGUAACAAAGGGCACAAGAGUGCUCUUUACUGGUAUCGGCACUAUCAUGGGGAUCCAUUUUCCCAAGGACGGUUCUCGUGUGAUCGAAAGAUCUGGUGAAGUCGAAGAACUCGAUUCCUUGAGGGAUCUCUUUUGGCUUGAUAUGAUGGAGGAGGGGUUCUGGAUCGUUCGAAGAGGAUUCAUGGCUUUGGUGCUCGACACUCCCAUGGGCGAGUUUGAUAGAUUUGUCAGCUGUGUUGAGGCAUGGGUUUCUAAGCGUGCGGAAAUGGUUAAAAUCUAA